CCCAAACGUUACGUCUGGGCGCGCCCAUGUGAAGGUUGCCGCCUCUGAAGGCCCCCGCCCCCGCGCAUUAUUUGUGCGUGGUUGGGUGGUGUUGAGCCAGCUUCAGGUCAGGGCGCGUGGCAUCAAGGCGUGUGUGUGAGCUCGUUGCCUGUCGGUGGCCGGCUCCCUGACUGUUUAGUGUGUG